AUGUUCAGUUACAAGGGAAGAAUAGUAAGAGCCAGAAGGACAAUACCUAGUAGCUUAAGAGGGGGAAAGAACUUAUCCAUAUACCUUACAUUAUAUCUAUUGGACAGAAAGCAAUAUUUACUAGUUUGCAGAAAAAAGUAUAGAAUGGCCACUUUAGAAGAAUUAGACGCUCAGAUUUUACCGGGUGAUGAUGAAUUAGAUUCCGAAAUCUUAAGUUUAUCCACUCAAGAGUUGCAAACCAGGACUAAACUACUAGAUAAUGAAAUUCGUAUCUUCAGAUCAGAAUUACAAAGACUUUCACAUGAAAAUAAUGUCAUGUUGGAAAAAAUUAAAGAUAAUAAAGAAAAGAUUAAAAAUAAUAGGCAAUUACCUUAUCUAGUGGCAAACGUUGUUGAAGUCAUGGAUAUGGACGAAAUUGAAGAUAAAGAAAAUAAUGAGUCCACUACACAAGGUGGAAAUGUCAAUUUAGAUAAUGCAACCCAAGGGAAAGCAGCUGUCGUGAAGACUUCUUCCAGACAAACUGUAUUUUUACCUAUGGUAGGGUUAGUAGAUCCCACUAAAUUGAAACCUAAUGAUUUAGUUGGUGUUAAUAAAGAUUCAUAUCUAGUUUUGGAAAAAUUACCAUCUGAAUUUGAUUCAAGAGUGAAAGCUAUGGAAGUUGACGAAAAACCAACUGAAACUUACUCUGAUGUGGGUGGGUUAGAUAAACAAAUUGAAGAAUUAGUAGAAGCGAUCGUAUUACCAAUGAAGCGUGCGGAUAAAUUCAAAGAAUUAGGGAUUAGAGCUCCUAAGGGUGCUCUAAUGUAUGGUCCUCCUGGUACUGGUAAAACCUUAUUAGCAAGAGCAUGUGCAGCUCAAACCAAUGCCACUUUCUUGAAGUUAGCUGCACCCCAGUUAGUGCAAAUGUUUAUUGGUGAAGGUGCUAAACUAGUACGUGAUGCAUUUGCCCUAGCUAAAGAAAAGGCACCAACUAUUAUAUUCAUUGAUGAAUUAGAUGCCAUCGGUACAAAGCGUUUCGAUUCAGAAAAGUCUGGUGAUAGAGAAGUUCAAAGAACUAUGUUAGAGUUAUUAAAUCAGUUAGACGGGUUUAGUUCGGAUGAUAGAGUGAAAGUUCUAGCCGCAACUAAUAGAGUUGAUGUCUUGGAUCCUGCAUUGUUAAGAUCUGGUAGAUUGGAUAGAAAGAUUGAAUUCCCACUGCCUACAGAAGAUUCCAGAGCUCAAAUUUUACAAAUUCAUUCAAGGAAAAUGACGACGGAUAAUGAUAUUAAUUGGCAAGAAUUGGCAAGGUCUACUGAUGAGUUCAAUGGUGCACAAUUGAAAGCAGUUACAGUGGAAGCUGGUAUGAUAGCAUUAAGGAAUGGACAAUCUUCUGUGAAACACGAAGAUUUUGUUGAAGGUAUUGGGGAAGUCCAAGCAAGAAAAUCGAAAUCGGUAUCAUUUUAUGCGUAA